AGUAUUUCCCAUUCUAUAGAACUCUCUAGACCCUUUCUCACAGUAGGACUAAAACCUAAAAGCCCCUCAUUCUUUGGGGGUCUAGCAUUUCACUGUGGUAUAGAAGAGUAGUGAAGGCGAUGGAAGACUUCGAUAUUCCCGCCGGCGAGGAAAUGGAUCUUGGCGAAGAUAAGGUCGGCGAGGAGAGAGAGAUCGGCAAUAGCGGCCUCAAGAAGAAGCUCGUCAAGGAAGGUCAAGGUUUCGAAACCCCUGAAGUUGGCGACGAAGUCCAAGUUCACUACACUGGGACUUUGCUCGAUGGGACUAAGUUUGAUUCGAGCCGCGAUAGGGAUUCUCCAUUCAGCUUUACGCUCGGACAAGGGCAAGUAAUUAAAGGAUGGGAUGAAGGUAUUAAAACCAUGAAGAAAGGUGAAAAUGCUAUUUUCACCAUACCUCCUGAUCUAGCUUAUGGUGAAUCUGGUUCCCCUCCAACAAUUCCUCCUAAUGCAACACUGCAAUUUGAUGUUGAGCUGCUGUCAUGGACUAGUGUGAAGGACAUAUGCAAGGAUGGCGGUAUAUUUAAAAAGAUAAUUACUGAGGGGGAGAAGUGGGAGAACCCCAAGGAUCCUGAUGAAGUAUUGGUUAGGUAUGAAGCUUGUUUGGAAGAUGGGAAGCUUGUAGCAAAGUCUGAUGGAGUGGAGUUCACUGUCAGAGAGGGUCAUUAUUGUCCUGCAUUGUCAAAGGCUGUUAAAACAAUGAAGAAGGGAGAGAAAGUGAUUUUAACUGUUAAGCCACAAUAUGGAUUUGGUGAGAAGGGGAAGCCAGCGCAUGGUGAUGAAGGUGCAGUUCCACCAAAUGCAACAUUGCAGAUUACUCUUGAGUUAGUGUCAUGGAAAACUGUUUCAGAAGUUACUGAUGACAAAAAGGUCAUCAAGAAGAUCCUCAAGGAAGGGGAAGGAUAUGAACGUCCAAAUGAAGGGGCUGUUGUGAAAUUGAAACUAAUUGGUAAGCUACAUAAUGGUACUGUCUUUUUGAAAAAGGGCCAUGAUGAAGAGGAGAAGCUGUUUGAAUUCAAAACAGAUGAGGAGCAAGUCAUUGAUGGACUUGAUAGAGCUGUAUUGACUAUGAAGAAGGAUGAGGUUGCACUAUUGACUAUUGCGCCUGAGUAUGCUUUUGGUUCGUCAGAGUCCCAGCAAGAGUUGGCUGUGAUUCCUCCUAACUCAACAGUGUAUUUUGAAGUUGAGCUAGUUUCAUUUGAGAAGGAAAAGGAGUCCUGGGAUCUGAACAACACUCAAGAGAAACUUGAAGUUGCUAGUAAGAAGAAGGAAGAAGGGAACGUGUUGUUUAAAGCUGGUAAAUAUGCCAGAGCUUCCAAAAGAUAUGAAAAGGCUGUGAAGUACAUAGAAUAUGAUUCCUCCUUCAAUGAGGAGGAGAAAAAGCAGGCCAGGACCUUGAAGGUUGCCUGCAAUCUGAACAAUGCUGCUUGCAAGUUGAAGUUAAAAGACUAUAAAGAUGCAGAGAAAUUGUGUACCAAGGUUUUGGAACUUGAGAGUACAAACGUUAAAGCCCUCUAUAGAAGGGCCCAAGCAUAUAUGGAGUUGGCUGACUUGGAUUUGGCUGAAUUUGACAUUAAGAAAGCUCUCGAGAUUGACCCUGACAAUAGGGAUGUCAAACUGGAGUACAAGACACUGAAGGAAAAGGUAAAGGAGUAUAAUAGAAAGGAGGCGAAAUUUUAUGGAAAUAUGUUCAACAAGUUGACAAAGAUUGGGUCCUGAUAGCAAUAGACCAGCUGCUGCCGAUACUACACAACAGAAUGUUGCGUCAUCCAAUCUAUGUAUGUAACGAGUUGAAGUUGAGUACCUGUUUUUUCGGGGAUUUGAUCUUCAUUGUAUCGUUUGUGGACUAGGAAAAUUUAUUUGAAUUAAUAUCAAAUGUUAGCAUAAUUGACUUGAUUCUAUGUUUCUCCAUAGACUGUAAUAAUUUAAUGAUUUGUACGAGGUACUAUAGGGAGUGGAAUCGAAUGGUCCAAGGUUUGCAAAAGAUAUAUGAACCACAUUCUUCUUCGACAAGAUAUUCAUUAUUCUGCAAUAAAUAACAAUUUGG